GCAGGACAUUCUCGCCAUUACCAUUCACUGAUCGCUCUCGUCUCCUCUUCGAUCGCGCUUCACUGUCGUACGUUGGGAGCACGCACUCUGUCGAGUCGUUCAAGGCAGUGCGUUCAGCGCAUCCGUGCUGCGCUUCGCUAUACUCCACUGCAGUCGGAGCGCUGCGCCUCUCGAGACAAUUCAGCAGACGUUCCAACGCCUUCGCUGGUAGCUUUGCACCUUGCUCUCAAGAUGAGCUCUUCCCCUCCACCAGCUCGAGGCCGAGCCCCACUCAGUCCUCAGGUCGCUGCUGCUCAUAGCCAUGCACACGCUCAGGCAGUCGCACUCGCCUCUGCUGCCCACGCCGCUGCUCAUGCCCAGCAAUUGUCGACCUCGCCAAGAUCUGCUCAUGGGGAUGGCGCAGACGGAGAUGACGAUAAUGAGGGCGAGGAGGUGUUCAGCAACCCUGACACAGCUGAGCUCGAAGCGCUGUCGGAUGGCACGGGCGCCACGUCGCCUGGGCCAAACAGUCCCGGACCUAGUAGCCCGCUUCAGCGACCUGCAUUGCCUCACGGCACUGGACCUCAUGGCACGCUCAAGGAGCUGCCAGUGCUCAGCACGUCUGGAGUGCCUGUACCAUUCGGGGUUGGAUCAGCGGUCGCACAGCCAUCGCUCGAGACCUCUCGGACUACGCGAGCUCCGACAAACAAUCGCCAACCCAUUCGGGCACCGCUCCUCCGCGGCAACAGCACUGGUAAUGUGAUCGGAGCUCCGGCCUCACCAGUGUCUGCCAUCUCCACCUCUUCGAGUGCGGCUGGUCUCAGCCUAGGAACUUUACCAUCUGCUCAUGGUCUACCCGCUGAUCCUCGCGAGGCGACCACCUUGUCUACGCUUUUCACGCAUCCACCCGCGCAAUCGCCAGCCGAAGAGAUCAGCCAGCCAGUGUUUGCGUUGCGUAGCAUGCCCACGACCCGACCCACCUCUCCGUCGAAAAGUCCAGCUCGACUUGGCAUGGGCUCUGCAACGCUUCAAGGCUCAGACCCUCAGCGCAUCGCUUCUGGUAGACAUGCUCAUGCCCAAGAAGAAAGCAUCUUUGAGAGAGAUAUCGAACACCGCGAUGCAAACCACUCCUUUACCAAGGCAGAGGCCAUCGAGGUGGCUAUCCCUCCUGUGCUCGAUGACGCUGUGGAAGCCAUUCGCGAAGGUGAUAGUAUCGAAAUCGUGGCGCCGCAGUCCGCACCCGCACCUACUGCGCUUUCAACACAGGCUCUCUCAGCGCAUACUCAGUCACCUCUUGGGGGUGCCUCCGCCGGAAACGACGUUGGACCUCCUGGAACUUUGGCCGCACAGCUCGCGGAGCGAUUUGGUCUGGACGGCAUGAGCCAUCCGGCAAGUAGUGCUGGUGCACCCAGUGCCAACGCAUCUCCAGUAAUUUCUCGUCGCCAUAGAAGACCGCUCUCGGAUGCCAGUAGCUCUUCAAGUGCUGGCCCCUUCAGCAAUGCGGCAAGUGCUGGAAUGCAGCAAGUUUUGGAGAGCGGCACAACCUCUCCGCUACCCCCCCUGGGCUCCACUCUGUUUGGCACGUCGCAGGUCCGCUCGACUUCCAGAGGUAAUGCAUUGCCGUCUCCUCCCGCUGCAGCAUCCAGCCUGUCUGUGGCCGGCGCCGGUGGAGCUUCGCCUCUUCCCGGCGUGUCCAUGCCCGACCCGUUCCGCACCUCUUCGCCAGCCUCGACGCUUGCCCCGCUUCCAAAUCUGCCGGCGCCGUCCGCCAGCGAAGUGCUUCCAACCAGCAGUCUCAGCAUGGAUGGCGCGGUGAUUGCCAGCUCAGACGUUGCGACUGCAGAUGGAAGCCUUGGAGCGUUCGCCAAUGCUCUCGGCAAGUCUACAUCCGCCUCGCCCUACGUACGAGGCGUCAGCGCUUCGCCGCGCUUUGGUUCGCCUGCCAUGGAGCGCAGCAAGUCGAUCAGCGGUGCUCCUGGAAUGCCUGGCGCUUUGCCAGACGUCAGCACACCACCAGUGCCAUCAUCGACUACCAAGCGCCUGAGUUUCUUUUCGUAUUCUGAUAUUCUUAACCAUACCCCCGGGCAAUUGCUCGAUUUCAAUGGAGCCGUCAAAGCGUCCGCCGAGACGGAUGCUGAUGCGCACGCAAUCGGACUGGGCCUUGGAAGCGGUCAAGGACUCGAUUUGCACUCGCCUCGCAUCGGUGCCAGCGGCUCGGCGACGCCCGCUCACCCUCGUCUCAGCUCCGACUUUAGCGUCUUGUCCAGACGCACUGACGCGAUGAAUCUGUCGGCCGACAUUUCUCGCAAGCAGUGAGGGCUGGACUCACAGUCGCUAAAGUCACAGUCACCGUCUGUACAUAGCACUCGCCGUCACGACUUUCUCGACUUUUCUACAAAAUUAGCGAAUCC